GCUUUUGGAAAAGAUUAAAUUACAGACUCUUUCCCCGCCCAGUGUCACGCUGGUAAGAACGGUAUAAAUAAAGUGACGAGGGUGCAUUAAUUUUGUCUGAAGUAUUGCAAUUAUGGCAGCUCAGGACUUCAAUUUUUUACUCGCAACGGACUCUUACAAGAUUACGCACUACAAACAGUAUCCACCCAACGUAGGCAAGGUAUACUCCUAUUUUGAGUGCCGGCGCAGAAAGGAUGGCCAGUUCAGCGAAGUGGUGUUUUUUGGCUUGCAGUACCUCCUGAAGAAGUACUUAGCAGGACCUGUUGUCACUGAGGAGAAAAUUCAGGAGGCUAAACUCUUUUACCAGAUGCACUUUAGACAAUCUGUGUUUGAUGAGGAAGGAUGGAGGAAAGUGCUGGAGAAAUACGACGGACGUCUUCCAAUCCGGAUCAAAGCGGUUCCCGAGGGAAAGAUCAUUCCCAGAGGCAAUGUCCUCUUCACAGUGGAGAACACAGACCCAGAGUUCUUUUGGCUGACCAAUUAUAUCGAGACUAUGCUGGUUCAAAUGUGGUACCCCAUCACCGUGGCAACCAUCUCCAGGGAGUUCAAAAAGAUCCUGGCCAAACACCUGAAAGCCACAUCAGGGAGCCUGGAGGGGCUGGACUUCAAACUGCAUGAUUUUGGCUACAGAGGCGUGUCAUCACAGGAGUCUGCAGGGCUUGGCGGGGCAGCUCACCUGGUGAACUUUUGCAGUACAGAUACAGUGGCAGGCCUUCUCAUGGCUCAGCGCUAUUACAACUGCCCCAUGGCUGGAUUCUCCAUACCGGCUGCAGAACACAGCACUAUCAUCUCUUGGGGAAGAAACCGGGAGAAGGAGGCCUUUGAGUGUCUGUUAGACCAGUUCCCCUCCGGGCCUGUCUCAGUGGUCAGCGACAGCUAUGACAUCUUCAAAGCCUGUAAACACAUCUGGGGAGACAAGCUGAAGGAGCGAGUAAUGGAACGCAGCGAAGAUUCCACCCUGGUCAUCCGCCCAGAUUCAGGAGACCCUGCAGAAACCCUUCUAGAGGUGUUAAAGAUUUUAGAGGAGUGCUUUGGCUCCUCUCUGAAUUCAAUGGGCUAUAAGGUGUUACCAUCUUACCUCCGUAUCAUACAAGGAGAUGGAAUUGAUCUCAAGUCGAUUGAUGAGAUCCUGAGCAAGCUGAGAGAUGAGGGUUGGAGUACAGAGAACGUGUUUUUUGGCUGUGGAAGUGGCCUCCUGCAGAAACUCAACAGAGACACAUUACACUGUGCCUUCAAAUGCAGUUAUGUGGAGACCAAUGGAAAAGGGAUGGAUGUGUAUAAACUGCCUGUGACAGAUCCAUCCAAGGCUUCAAAGCGGGGCAGACUCUCUCUCAGGAGAAACUCGGAUGGUUUUAUCGAAACGGUGGAACGCGGCGCGGGCAAGCCAGAGGAGGUAACGACAGACCUGUUGGUGACAGUGUUUGAGAACGGAGCCAUUUUGCAGGAGUACACCUUGGAUGAGAUACGCAAGGCCGCUAAGCUCUGGGAGGAGGACCUGGACCCCUCCCAACACAACAAUGACCACGGCCAAAGCCUUGAGAUCCACCAGAACCACAUCAUGAAUGGCAUACACUAACCCGCCUUGUGUGGACACUGUCCCUAGCACUGCUUCAUGGACCAAUGACAGCACCACCCCUGCCCAAAAAGUGUUCAGAUCAGGUGCUUUUUAUUGUGUGUGUGGGUGUGUGUGUGUGUGUGUGUGUGUCUUCAAAGCAAACAUAUGCAGUUAAUCCUCUUUCUGUCAGACUGAGGCACUGCCAUUCUACACCAUAUUAAACCUGUUAUUUUAGACUUUUGAAGUACACUUUUGAUUUUACUUUUUAGACUGAUGCUUAUUUAUUCCACAAAACAGCAGCUGUUCUUAUUCAGAGAGCUACAAAUAUAUAUAUAUAUAUUUUCUUUAGUCCAGAUGCCAAAUGCUGUUAUUGAUGCUGGGUUCAAGAGAUAUCAGACCCUGAAAAAUCAUUAAUAACAUAUCGACACUCAGAUUUUGCUGCUAAUUCUAAUGUCGUUAAAGCAAUCUCUUUAGAAGUAGCCUGGUAUUGAAGGAACGCUGAUUUGAAGUCAUUUAACGAUCGUCUCCUGGACGCUGCAUUUGUGGCAGAUUUCAUCAUGUGGACAUGACAUGUGACUGUGAUCUUAAAGCUAAUGUACAGGUUGAACUAAAGUGCACUAAAAAAGGCUCAUGAAAUAUAUGUGUAGACAUUCUUGCUUUGGUUUACUGACAAAAUCUGUCGUCUCUCUCUUUU